AUGUCGUCGAGGGCUCGAAGAAAACAGAUAUGGUGUGUGCAACCUCUUACUCCUUUAAUGGAAGGGCCAGAUUUUAGCAUGCAGAAUCAAGAAGGAAGCAAAAAAGAGAGUUCUUGGGAAGUCAUUAGAGAAUGGUUUCGUGCACAAAAAAAUGUACCCGGAAGCAAUAACUUCUCUAUGUCUGUUUAUGGGAACAAUAUUAAUCUAGCCAAGAGGCAAGAUUUUAGGCUUUUGCUUGGUGUUUUGGGUUGUCCACUUGCCCCUAUUCCUAUAUCAAACAACCCAAUUUCCCAUCUUCACAUUAAGAACAUUCCCAUUGAGACAUCAGCAGCAAAUUACAUAAUUCAACAGUACUUGGCUGCAACGGGGUGCUCAAAGCAACAUAAUUGUGCAAAAAACAUGUACACCUCGGGUGUGGUGAAAAUGAUCUGUUGUGAAACAGAAAUUUCAUCAGGGAAAAGCGUGAGGACUUUGGGGUCUAGGAUUGGAGAAAAUGGGUGUUUUGUUUUAUGGCAAAUGUCGCCGGGAAUGUGGUCACUGGAAUUGGCCGUCGGCGGUAAUAAAGUCCUCGCCGGCAGCGAUGGGAAAACUGUAUGGAGACACACCUCUUGGCUUGGCACUCAUGCUGCUAAAGGCCCUCAACGCCCUUUACGACGUAUCAUUCAGGGGCUUGAUCCGAGAAGCACUGCACGCUUAUUUGAGAAAGCACAAUGCUUAGGGGAGAAACGCAUAGGAGAAGACGACUGCUUCGUCCUAAAAGUGGCGGCCGAUCGGGCUGCGGUGAUAGAAAGAAACGAAGGACCAGCCGAAGUGAUCCGACAUGUAUUGUACGGUUACUUCAGCCAGAAAAGUGGGCUUCUCAUUUACAUGGAGGAUUCUCAUCUAACCAGAGUCCAGACUCCUGAUAACGGCACUGUUUAUUGGGAGACCACCAUAGGGAGCACCAUUGGUGAUUAUGUGGACGUCGAUGGAGUACUAAUUGCUCAUCAGGGAAGGACUAUUGCCACUGUUUUCCGAUUUGGGGAGACGUCGAUUGAGCACAAUAGGACUCGAAUGGAGGAAGAGUGGAGGAUUCACGACGUUGUUUUUAACGUGCCCGGAUUGUCAAUGGACUCAUUCAUUCCUCCAGCUGAUAUCUCUGAUGCCGAGAAUGCAAAUACAGUAUCCCCAUGA